AUGCCCAGAUCUUUCCUGGUCAAAAAGGUCAAACUUGAUGCGUUCUCCUCUUCUGACCUGGAGGGGCCUUAUGGCCGGGCACGAAGCGACCUCGGAACCCGGCUGCCAGAGAAAGGAUACCUCAGUGACUACAUCGCCCCAGCCGUGUACGAUGCCGCAGACUCAGAUGCUUCCCUGCUCAAGGGCCCGUCCCAGGAGCCUAUGUAUGCAGCGGCUGUCCGCGGAGAGCUGGGCCCGCCUGCUGCUUCUGCCCCACCGCCUACCCCGCGACCAGAGCUGGCCACGGCUGCAGGAGGCUACAUCAAUGGUGAUGCGGCUGUCAGCGAGGGGUACGCUGCAGACUCCUUUUUCAUUACAGACGGCCGAUCUCGCCGCAAGGGCGCCAGCGCAGCCUCGGCCCAAGGCGGACCCGACGGCAGCAGUGGCGCAGGAGCAGGAGGAGGAGCCGGGAGCGGGGCGGGGUCAGGAGGGCGGGGUCAACAGGCAGGCGGGGCGGGACAGGGGUCCGAGGCGCGCGCUGGCCGGCACGCGUGCAGCGACUGCGGCAAGACGUACGCCACGUCGUCUAACCUGAGCCGGCACAAGCAGACGCACCGCAGCCUGGACAGCAAGUUGGCGCGCCGCUGUCCCACGUGCGGCAAGGUGUACGUGUCCAUGCCAGCCAUGGCUAUGCACCUGCUCACGCACGACCUGCGCCACAAGUGUGGUGUGUGUGGCAAGGCCUUCUCACGACCCUGGCUAUUGCAGGGCCACAUGCGCUCGCAUACUGGUGAGAAGCCUUUCGGCUGUGCGCACUGCGGUAAAGCGUUUGCUGACCGCUCCAAUUUGCGCGCGCACAUGCAGACGCACUCGGCCUUUAAGCACUUCCAGUGCAAGCGCUGCCACAAGGCCUUCGCCCUCAAGUCCUAUCUCAACAAACACUACGAGUCCGCCUGCUUCAAGGGCGGCAGCGCCGGAGGGGGAGCUGCGGAGGGAAGUGGGGGAGGGACCAUAAGCCCCCCGACUACGCCCGGCCCUGCGCCUCCCUCGGCAUCCUCCUCAGUGCACGGCCCGCCUCCUCUCAGCCCACUUCGGGCAUGA